UUUCGUUCAUCUUCCGUGCCUUUCCCUUAUGAAAAGAUACUCAUCACCAUCGUCCGCCUGUGUCGUUCCGCUGGCUUGUGUCCUGCAGUGGGUACGAUACGGGCUGAUGAUGGCAAUGAUAUGUAUCAUUCCACAGGGAAAUUGUGUCUAAGUUGAAAGUAGCUAUAGCUUUGCAGUCGUCUAAUAAAUGAAUUGCAACGUGCAUUGAGAGCACCAUUUCAACGAUAGAAAAGUUUACACAUGAGCUGUCGCCCUUGCCUGAGUGCGCUGUGUGAGCGAGCAGCCCGCUGCGGUGAGGAGUUUGUGCCGCUCCGGCGUGUAAAUUCUUGACACAAUCGUGUGCAUUCAGUGCUGAUCGCCUGAAGCAGUCCCUGUGGACAAACUGGGCGUCCCAUGGCGAGUAUCAGCCUGGUGAGAAAAAAAAACAGACUAACUUGAAGGGGAGACGCCGGGACAGGGGGAACCUUGCGGCGGUAACCUGAGAGGGCCCGCCGAGAGGACCAACCACCCACUAGCGAGCGUGGGGUAUGCCCAGCUGCAGCCACCAACCCCUCUGUCCUGCAUGCACCACCGCGAGAACAUAACUUUUUUUUCAGUUUCUUUAUUUGGAGAACAAUAUUUUCAGCAGAGACAAUGAAGAUUAGAGUGACUCUGCCGCUUUGGGCGGCGUCGACUGUGAUUGUGGGCGUGGUGAUGAUGCUGGCGGAAGGACGCAUGCAACAACGGGAGGCCCGACCAGUACUUGUUCCUGGCGAGCUGAGUGCCACGCGGAGCCACCCUCGUCCUUCCCAGUUGGACAGACAGAGCUGGACACACCGAAAUAUUUACCUCAGACAUUACCAUCAGGAAGAACCAGAUACGAGUGUUAUAUAUAACUACUGGGCUAGGCGGGCUGGUAGGAGAUACCACUCUUCAGGACCUUCAUCUGAGGGAAGUCUUUACACCGAGAGAGUGGCAUCGGCAAGACACGACUCGAGGGAACCACGACCUAGAAGAGUUCAUACCACAUAUUCUGCAGCAGGAAAUGCCGCAUCUUCCGACUCAUUGCCCCUUGCAAACUCGAGGACGAGCACGGGAGAGAGGUCCACUUCCCGCUUGCAUCAGAUGAACUCUCCGGGCUCUACAGACAACCGUAGACAGUAUGCUCAUACUCAGGGCUCUCAUGAAACAAGAGUUCAGUCAAUUCCAAGAGAGGAUGUGCCCCAAAGACCUCUGCCAGACCGACGCGUCAGUAACCGCUAUAGGGCACCUUCAAUAUAUAACAAUUCACGGGAGUCCUUCCGCCCCAGUAGACCACUCGAGGGACGCCCGCACUCCAGGGACAGAUUACAAGACACACACCAAGGGCCAAUAUCUAGAGCUAAUCUUUCAAUGGCCGCUAAUGUUACAAGAGACUUUCCCGAGGGUCUGACUGGUCCCGGGAACCAGGAGCUGCAGCUCCUAGGCCGGCCGGACUUGUGCUGUGGAAGCAGAGUGCCACUUGAUCCUCGCGCCGUUGUGGCCACCGGUGGUUUUCAACGAGUAGCAUCCGCCGGCUCCAUAAAGGUGGUGGAAGUCCCGGCCCAGGAUAUUUUUCCACCAAACGAUGUGAGGGACUUGAUAGCGACGCCUGUCGACACCAACACGCUUUCCCUCACCUGGACGGCCCCCGGCGAGGACCUCGAUUCCGGCACAGGUGCCUCGGGAUACAUUGUUCGCCUCAGCGAGGAACAACGUAAUCUUCAGGAAUCUCACUUUGAUUCCGCCCCUGAGGAGACCUUACUGGAGACUGCCGACUCGCUGGUGGCUGCUGGCGUGUACCAGACGGCGGGGACGCAGGUGGAGGUGGAGGUUCCCGUGGGACGGCGGCUCGAGCGAGGCCAUCUUUACUACGUUGCACUGAAGGCACUCGACAACGACGGACUUUCCAGCGGUGUGUCUAACGUGGCUCAGUUCUCCAUCCCCGAGUUUCUGGCUGAGGGCACCGCUGUGCGGCCCCACUAUCACCCGGCGGCGGAACACAACGUAAAAGAUCCGCGCCUCGAGGACCCUCUAAGUGCAAGCAGGUCACGGGAAACAGCUCAAGGUCGCGAAGAUAUUACACAGUUGCCAGAGAGAACUCACAUCACACCCUCUCCGCGCCACGCCGACCCAGUGAGCGAAGUGGCUGAGGGCCACAAUGGCUGGGACAGCGAGGAUUCUGAAGCAGUGGAAUCUGAUGGACCCAGAAAGCAGGAAAAGCGGAAUGGAAAAAAGAAUCGGAAGAAGAAGAAGAAUAAGUCCAAGAGGAGGAGGAAGGAGGGAAGGAGGAACGGAAGGAGAAGGGGCAGCGAGCGGCAGGGGGAAGGCAGCGACACGUCCACGCACGAACCCGAUAUGUGUGAACCCAGUGAGCAGGAGCAGCUGGAGUCCGUCAGCCUGUGUGACGCACGGCGCUCCCUUGCCCUCGCCAUCACGUACUUCACGCAAAACAACGACCUCCAGUACCUGGACUACCUCUCAGCGGCCCUGCUCACCCUGACGCAGAAAAUGCAGCCUUCAUGGAGGGCAGAGUCGAGGGUGCGGAGGAGUGGCGGAGGCCAAAGAGAAGGGAGAAGAACUAAGCUCAGCCAAAAUCUCUGAAGCUUUUUUUGUUGAGCAUAUCCAAUUUUUUUUACUAUUUCUAUGUCGACAGCCUGAUGAGUUGAAUUUGCUGAGAUGUGCUGCACACUCAACAGAGAAAUGUAGCUACAUGAAAAAAGCAGACCAGUGUUAUUUUCCAAAACCACAAUUUUUUGAAAAGACCUUUAUUAAAUGGUUUGAAAUCAAAGGAAAUUCCAUUUACUGAAUGAAGUUAAUAAAUUUUUAGUACUAUGCA